AAUAAUGUAAAUAAGUGUAAAUUUAAAGAAUAUAAUAUUUUAACACAUAUGUACGUUUUACAAGACUGAUGAACUGUGAUGCAAUUAAAUAAUUUUUAAAUUCAGUCAUAAAAAUGGAUCCAGUUCAAAAGGAGCUCCUUUUUAAUUCAUGGUCGAAAGUAAAUGAAAUUGCUUUAAUAAAAGUGGUUGUUUCAAGGGGUCAACAUAUAGAUUUAUGUGUAGAAUUUUUAUCUAAAAGUAAAAAUAUUUCGCAAGAAGAGGCUUCUGAGUUUUUUCAUGAAGUAAUUGACACAUAUGUAUAUCGUCUACUCUCGGACAAGUCCAUAUCUAAAGCGCAACAAGUGCUAAAAAAUGUAUCAAGAGAUUACAAAAGUAUUUAUUAUCAAUUUGCUUUUGAGUCAGCCGAUGAUAAAAUUAAGAAUGCAAUAUUUGAUUAUUUAAGUCAAGAAAAUAGUGAUUUCGAAGAUGAAAAAAGAAAAUAUAAAUUUUAUUUAGAUGUUUUAAAGGAAAUCAAAAACGAACCAAAAUUAAGUAAUAUUAUCAAACGGAAGAUUAAAAUGUUUAACUUAGAAAAUUUUCUCAAAAUGGAUGAAAAAUUUCAGAAGAGCUUAAUAAUUCGUUUAUAUUUUUUUAACAAAAAUAAUAAUUUACUUGAAAUUUUAUCUAAAGAAGAUAUUUGGGAAUAUUUAGUUGAUGAUAAUAUAGAAUCGGAAAUAAUUCUUUGGUGUAAAAUACAAAAAGGGGAUGUUACGCGCUUGGAAUUUGAAUUACAUAAAAAAUAUUUAGAAUGGAAAAUUGAUAAUAAAAUGUUUUCAUAUGCUUCAAAAUAUUUAAAAAGCUCAAGUGAAAAUUUACGGGAUUUAUUCCUUUUCUAUGGUUUUAUAUUUGAUGAUGAAAAAAAUGAUAUUAAAAAAAUUUCCGAUAGAAUUAUUAGAACAAAAUAUACUCACACUUUAGAUGAAAAUAUUGGAGUUGUUAAAAGUUUUCCUAUAGCUGAAUAUGCUGUAGAAAAUAAUUGCUUAGUAAUGUUACUACAAAAAUUUAUUCAAAUUGAGGAUAUAGAAAAAUUGAAAACUUCUUAUCCAGAUAAAAUUGAAUUAUUUGAUUUAAUAAUUACUUUAAAAUCAUUUAAUCCUACUUCUGAAAAUUUUCUAAAAGUAUGCCAAGCUGCUAGAAAAUACUAUGAAAAAGAAGAUAAAAAUUAUUUAGAAAAAAAUCCAUUAGUAGCUCUUGCUGAAUAUUUAGUGGCAGGAAAAGAUAUAAAAUCAUUAAAUGAUGACCAAAGUCCUGAAGCUUGUGCAAUCAAAUCGAUUCCUUUAAUUGAUAACCUUGUUAAACGAUUAAACGGAAAAAUACCUGGAAUAAAUGCAAUUGAAAUGUUUAAAAUAAAAACUGGAAUCGAUUUAAAAGAGAUGGGUGAAACUGAAUUCGGUGAUGAACCCGCCUCAUUUUCAAAUUCCAAAAUGAUAGCAAAAUAUGGAAUGAAAUUUAAUUUAAAUUAUACACAUUUUAUUAGGCAAAAUCUCAGUUCUUAUGCUAUUUAUAAAUUUUUAAUGGAGCAGUUCAAUAAAUAUGGGCAGAUAAAUAAAUCACAAUUUUAUUACGCAGUCGAAACGGUUUCAGAACUAGCUUUAUCAGAUUAUAAUAAUUUGGAUUUAGCAAGACAUUGUGUUGUAUUUAUAGAACAACUUGGAUUUGAUUCCCAAAAUUUACGUUGUCUUCUUAUGGCUUUAAGAAUUUGCAAUAACAAUAAAUUAAGCUCUUUAGAUUAUAAGAGCAUUAUUUCAAUGGCAGAAGAUAAACUUUUGGGAGAUCCUAAUAAUCUUGAAAAUAUUUACAAUUCCGAAUUCUCAAUCAAAGAGUAUUCUGCUUUGAUUAAAGUUGCGAAAUUUACUGGGAAAAAAUAUUGGCCCCAACGAUUUUUGAAUUUUUUAGCUAAAAAAGAUGAUUGGCUGAAAUUACUUUUGUUUAUUCAGUAUUUUGAUAUAUCUUUAGACAUCGUUAAAAAUGUUUGCAAAUUUUUUAACACACCUGAAAUUGGUGAAAAUUUUUUGCAAGCUGUAACAUUUGAGGGUGCUGAUCAAAUUUUUAAAAGUUCCAGCGGUAAUAUAGCGACAACAUCGAAAAGAAGACCAAGUUUCAAGAGAAAUAGAUACAAUAAAACGGAUAAGCACAAGAAUGCAGCUAAUGAGACAAUAUCAUCUCACUCGGAUUCUGGAAAUAGUUCAGUUUCAUAUUUUAAAUUAAGAAACGAACUUGCAAAUAAAUGUCUUGAAGGUCGGAUUGACAUAUUUGCCUUAAUAAUUUUAAGUACAACUAGCAUUCCAGAAGAAAGGAUUUCAUCUUUGGAAAAUUUUCUAGAAAUUAUAAACAGUUCAAAUUUAUAUUCGACAAGUUUCAAUUUAUUAAAAAGAUGCGUACAACAUGAACUUCCUAUUUUAUCUGUUCUUUCCGCAGAAGCAUUUAAAGAUAAUAUUGAUUGGUGCUGGUUAACUUGGCUGAGUGUUUCUAUCGACUCUUUUAAGAAAUUGUCCACAUUUUCUUCAGAACAAACCAAACAAAUUACCACGACUAUGGUAGAAUUAGCUGUAAAAGAGCAUUAUAUCCAAACAUUAUAUAGAAGUUUUUUUAUUUUUUAUGAUAGUAACUUUAUUUUCUUACUAAAAUUUCUGGAAUUAACAAAUGAUUUAAACUUUACUGAUGAAUCAAUUUUUCAAUUAAGCAGUUUUUUUGAUUCAUUGAGUAAUGAUGAAAUUAGUCUUCCAUUUAUUCAGCUGGAUACAGAAGAACUACAUAUUUUUGCAACAAAAAUUUUACUAUUACAUGUUGAAAACAAUUUUCGUUCUCGGUAUUAUCAGUUAAAAUUUCUCAAACUAAUUGCUGAACUUAAUAAUAUAGAGUUAAAUAAAAUAUUAGAGUUUGAACUAUUGGCCAAAAUUUCUGAAUUGAUCAUGGAUACAAAGAUAUAUUUAAACUUUGAAUCACUGUUACCAAAAUCUUGUAUGAAAUCGACUAUACAAAAUUCUUACAGCAAAUACAAGACUGUACUGGAUGAUUUAUUAGAAAUAAAAGAAUAUGAUAAAGCUAUUAAACUUGCAUACUUAAUAGAAAAUGUGCUAGAUAAACCAAUAAGCAAUAUUAUAUUUACAAAAUGGAUCACUGAAUUGGAUUUAAGAGAAACAGAUUUUAAUUUUAGUCUAUACGAAAAAGAUACAGAGGAGCACUCAUUACCGCCAGAAUUCUUAGUAAAUUUUUGUUUAUAUGCUGCAGUACAAUUUCCUGAUUGUGAUUUUAGAAGAUAUUUGUUUUAUAAAAAUGCUCUCAAUGUGAUAAAAAAGAAUAAAUUAUUUGGAAAUGAGUCAUUUGACCGUGAUCAAAUUGAAUUUGAUAUGGUUAUGGUAUUUUUAAGAAGUAAUAAGAACAUAGAAGAUAUUGAUAUUUAUCAUUCGGAAUAUUACGAGGAAAUUCUAUUAAAAGAACGAUGUGUUUUGUUUAAAACUUUACUAGAGCUUAAAGAAUUAGCUGGAGCUUAUAAUUUGACAGUAAAUUUAAAAAGUUCAUUGUCGAUAGAGAUGAAAGCAAAAUUGUCAAAACUGCUCGAUAAUUUAUUAGAAAACGGUGAUAUAGUUGAAGCAUUUCGUUUACAAGAAAUGUUUGAAAGUCCAACUGCCGACUUGCGUUAUUUGACCCUUUGUAUGGCUUUAGCCGAAGGCUUAAUAUCAGUUUCUAAUUUAACCGAUGAAGAAAGAUCUUUAUAUUCAAAUGUAGAGAAAAAUAAUGCUGUAUUUUCAAGAAAAACUUUAGAGGGGAGAAAAGUUCGAGAGCCAGAUAUAUUUAGAAGAGGGAUAUCAAACAGUUCAAUUAAUCUUAAAGCCGAAGAAGUAUCUUUAAAAGAAAAAGAACAGAUUUUAACCAUGUUGCAGGAUAUGACAGGAAAUUUAAAAUACGGUGAUCGCAUUGGAAAACGAAUUGUAUUUGUUUUUCGAGCGGCAAUGUAUCUUGAUAAAGAAUAUACUGAUAUGUUGAGAACAAAAGAUACAUCUACAUUAUUAUUGAGCGCUACUAAUGAAAAUUGCCCAAAAAAACUUUUAGUAGUAAACGAUAUAUUUGCAUCUUCACAAAUGACUGCAAAUGAGAUUGCGGAAUAUCUUUCGCAUGAAAUCACAAUUGCUAUUGUUCGUCCAGUAUAUUAUUUAUUAACUACGGAUCAGCAAAAUAUAAGGCAACUUAAACCUGCCACACUUUGGGGAUAUGAUAUUGAUAAAGAGUUUCAUUUAAUUUUAGAAAUAUGUCCGAAACCAUCUUUACUUGGCAAAUGUCUUUUAAAAUAUUGCGAUGUUCUUAGUGUUUAUCGUAAAUUUCAAAAUAAUGAAGAAUAUGAACAUUCAGCAAUAUUUGAAUCAUUUUAUAAUAUAUUGCAAUCUUAUGGUAUUCCAAAUGAACCUUCAACCAGUAAUACAACUGAACAAGUUUUGUCUUAUAAAAAGAAAAAUACAAUUUAUAUUGAACUUUUAAUAUUCGCAUAUAAAUGUUUCGUUCAUGAAUGUCAUAUGGAAGGAAUGAUUAACGUUCUAGAAAGGGCUCAAAAAUUAAAUUCUCAACUUGAAAUAGCAAAAUCAUGGAAACUUAUUUGUAGAAUGUUAAUAGGAAUAGGACAAUAUCGUGAAAUGUCCUAUUGCUUUGAUACAUUGAUUAAAAAUGAACAAUUUGAAUCAUUGCUUGGUGCACAAUAUGAUGAUGAAAAGUCUCAAGAAUUUAAAUAUGCUCUAAUAUCAUAUUUAAGAGAAUUUUGUCCUAAUUCUCAAGAAUAUAUAAAAUUAGUUGCUAUAAGAUUUGCUAUGUUUUCAGAAAUUGCUGAAAUAUUAAUGAACGAUGCUAAUCAAAAAUUAUCAACAGUAUUAACAAAAUAUCAGACAAAUGAAUUUAAUAGAGCUCAAGAUAGUUUUAUAAAAUUUUUAAAAUUUAGUCCUGAAAUAAUAAAAGAUUUAGAAGAAAUUAGAGAUUCCUUUGCUCAAGCAGCUGAAAAUUAUUUAUUUGAUGAAAAACUUCGUACUUCAAGUAAAACAGCUCAAAUGGCUCAAUUAAUAGCUAUGCAAUUGGGUAUUAUAAAUUUUAAUUUAUCAUUAAAUCAGUCCGAUGUUGGAACCGAAAUUUUAUGUAUAUCCGUAAUUAAUGUUAAAUCGAAAAAAGAAUUUUGUGAACUUGUUAAUAAAAAUUUAAAUAAAUGUUUUCAAGCUAUGAUAUUAUCAAAUUCAUAUCCAGAAUAUCCAAUACAAUGGCAUGAAAUUUUAUUAUGGCAAUAUAUUAUAUUAAAUAAUGAAAAUUAUUUAAAAGAAUUUUGUUAUCAUUUUGAAUUAACAGAUGCGAUAAUAGAAAAUAUUGUAACUGGAUAUCAAAAUUACUGUAAAACAAAUAUUGGUUAUAUGAAAAUGGAAGAAAAUUUGCAAAAUUUAGUAAUGAAAAUAAAAUCUGUUACAUUAAAAUAUCGUCUGGCAUCAUUUAUGAGCUUUAAAAAUAUUAUAACAGAUAUUUUAAAUGACGAUAAUAGUAUUUAUUAUCUAAAAGACACUAAUUAUGGAGAAAAAGAAAUUGUUGAUGAUGAUCUAAUGUCGGCUUAA